AGAGCAUGGGCAAAUACUUUCCUCGAACAUAAUGAUGAUAUCCUUAAUUCUCUAGACUCCUUCUUCUCUGCUUUAGCACAAAUUUAUGAGGACCCCUUCAAACAACAAACAGCUGAAAAUGCUAUGAGGUCCCUAAAGCAGAGGAAAAGAGAGGUAGAGGAAUAUAUAGCAGAAUUUAAGAGGUGGGCCCCUGACACCCAGUGGAACAACUUGUCCCUUCGUAACCAAUUUAGGCUAGGACUCUCUGAGGCCAUUAAGGAUGAGUUGUCACAUACUCAAAUACCACCAACCCUAGAACAGCUCAUAGACCUCAGCAUUAGUAUUGAUAGGAGACUUAGGGAAAGACAUCACGAAAGAUCCACCCAUGAUUCACACCUUAGGCAAAAACCCACACCAACUACUGUCAAUACAUACCCUAAAUCCCUACCGGAACCAAUGGAUAUCGCUUUCUUGCGGGGACCCCUAAGUACUCAGGAGAAGCUAAGACGUAGGUCUCUGAACUUAUGCAUGUACUGUGCCGCAGAUGAUCAUGGGGUAAAGGACUGUCCAAAUCUUCCCCGUCAGAAAAAGGAAAGACAUCGCAAAUAUGGCAUCUGGUGAUGAUCCCCGUUCUUUGCAUUCCGUACUGAAUGAAAAUACGAGACCAAGCAGCCGUGCCAUUCCUAUCACUAAAGCAUCACUACCAUCCUCUAUGACAUUUACAUCCAACCACCUUCAAAUUAGUCAAUCACCAACUGUGCCCUUUCUUACACAAAGAGGACACUUCAGCCAGCAUUCGGUCUCAGCAGAUGAACAAGCCCGAAAGGUGUACUCUAACAUAGGAGAUGUUUCCUUACCUUUGAAAAUACCUAAGGACGAUACACAUGACAAUGACAAUGCUGUCUUUAAUACAUCUGUCACCAAUAAUCCAGAAAAAAGCAAACCUUCCCAAAAGGAAGACUCAGAUCAUCAGAAAUCUAAAGUGCUUCAUAGAUUAUCAACCAGUUCUAUUCCCAAUAACUGUAACAUUUCCCCUAAAACAACAUCACACUCUGCUAUUCAUAAUGUUCUCCCAUCCACUCCUUUCAAGACCCCAACUUCUGAAGCUUCCAAUGUUUCUUACCAAACCUCUUCCAGUCCACCAAGUUUUGGAAAUGUUUCUUCUCCACACUUGAAACCUGCAAGUAUACCUCAACCAUCACUUACUGAUGAUUGUUCUUCUUCUUUUCAGUUCUACAGCUUUGUUAUUCUCCAUGCCAGUGAUGAUUUUGAGGUUGCAAGUCGAGUUUGUGACCUUUUACAAAAGCACUGUGUUGGUGUAGGCACAACAUUCUGUGAGGGGUUUGAGCGACCUGGACAAAGCCCUAUUACGUGUAUUCAGGAUGCUGUGGAGAACUCUGCCUACAUCAUUCUUUUGCUGAGCAAGUGUUUUGAGACCCCUUGGGCAUCAUUUCAGUCCAACACAGUCCUUAUGAAUUCUAUUACUGAUCCCAAAAAAUCUGGGACAGUAAUUCCAUUUUUGCCCCAGAAUGAUCCCAUGCCAUUUAAUAAAAUACCAUUAGCUCUUAAGACUUUAGUUCUUCUAGAAGAGAAGUCCCCCACAUUUCCCAAAGUUGUGCAGAACACAUUUAAACAGGAUAUUAUUCGCAAUCAAGAAGACAGAUGGAAAAAAGAUCAACAAGCAAAGGCCAUGAAGCAACAAAUUGAGAACCUUUCUGAUGCUAUGCAGUCUGAGCUCUACUUACAUGAAUCACAUAAAAAAAUGAAUAGUAUCCGUGCGCAAUUAUUGGAAUUAUUACACACAAAUUUGCAUUUCACCAAUCCAAAUCAAUUUCAACCUUCUACUCCUGAUUCUUCUGGUGCCCAGCAAAUUAUCCAGAUCAACCAUGCAGAGAAUGUUCAGAUUGGCAACAACAACUGUAUGAAUGUCCAGCUUUCAGCACAUGGAGGAGAGGGAGAUGACACUGUUGAGACAGAAGUAUUGCAUGAAAGUGAAUGUAGUGAAAAGGCAGAAAAUUAUUUAACUAAAGACGUACAAAAAUAGUAUGAGGUAACUCAUGUCCAAGAAUCCACACAUGAACUUUACUUGUAUAAAGAAAGAGGUCUGAGGGUCUAGACUUUUUGCAUUAACAAACUGGUAUUGCUUAACCAAAUCACACAGUAAAGAGAUAAAAGCUGAUUUAGGGCCAGAUUACGAGUGGCGUGCUAACUGUUGCGCAGUAGUGAAAAGGGCUCUUUGCACGCGUCACAAGUAGAAGAAAAAGGCUGCAAAGGGCUUUAACAUAGAGAUACAUACAUAUACAUGUCUAAAUAUGUAUGUGGGUGUGUAUAAAUAUAUAUAUGUGUCUGUACAGAUGUAUUAUAUGUGUAUAUAUGUAUUUACAGACAUAUAAACACACACAUAUAUUUAUGAAUAAAUACAACAUAUUAGAUAUGGAAAACAUUGGAAUGUGCAAUAUUAAUAUUUAAUGUCCGGUUAAUGCACUUGAGUUAACCCGAUAAGGUUUGUUUCAACUUUUUUUUUUUCUUUUCACUUGUUGCACUUUAUUGAAGUCAAUAGGGAAAUACGGUAACACAGUCGCAAUAUUCAAGGCCCGGGCUUUUUGUGCGCGAGCAAAGUGUUUUUACUUUUAACUUUAAUACGCUUGCUACCCGACGCGUGCAAAACGCUUACUUCUAGCGGAGUUAACACGCAAGUGUGCAAAAUACCGUUCCACUCGUAAUCUAGCCCUUAGAGUUUACACACUGAUAAUGCGCUACAAUUUAUAGAACUGUGCAAUUAAACUCUUUAUUUGGCAGUAUAUUGAUCUUAAAUCUGACUGAUUGGUCACUUUAUUAUGUGAGCUUAACAAGCUAAUGAUUAUAACGGAAGAAUGGUCUAAAAGUUGCAUACUAACUGCUGUCCUUUAAAUUUUGAGCAAGUAAAUAUGCAUUUUGCCUGUUGCUUGAAGGUAUCUUACCUUGUUGGUGAGAAAAGUAAGCAAUGCAAAGAAUAAACUAAUAUACCAGAUCUCUUAUUUUAAAAA